GUCUAACAUCAUUCCUUCAAUAGCUACGCUUACAGAUGGUACUUCGACUCUGGUGUCCUUGUGGACCAGGCAUCUUACCAGCGGUUCAGCGAUGCCAGAAUAGAAGACAAAUCGCUGGUGCCAUGGGUCGGCUACGCUCUUUACGUCAAAGAUCCCGAGAGAGCAGCUUGGGAGACAGCACAUAACAGCACGAUUUCACAAUUCCGCUCGAACGAUGACAUAUCGCAGGCCAUUUACAGUAACUCGAACAUGCCUGUCCGGGCCCGAGAUGCCGUUGAUUCCUAUUUCCCAGUGCAAUUCGUGCCAACGGGGAAUGACUCGUUGAUCGGUCUCGACGUAGGAAGUGGGCAGUCACUUCAGCAAACAAUCUUUCAAGCGACAUACAGCAAGUCCUUGAGCGUCAGUCCUCAGAUCAUUGUCAACCUACCAUCUGGAACAAGCCAAGCAUACCAAUAUGCACUUCCGUGGCCCGGUUUAAACAGCGGUUUAAACAAUAGCCGUGAAAUAAUCGAAGGGGUAUUCUUUGGGCUUAUAGUUGUCCAGCCGCUCAUUGACGACGUCGUUGAGGCAACGACGAGAAAUGUCAGCGUGGCGAUCCGAAUCUUGGACGCCACUGACAGGAACAAUGUCAUCUACACGUAUCCAAGCGGCAAUACAGCGAACGACAACACCGUCGGGUACUACAACAUUGCUUUUGCGGAUCGAAGAUGGAUCCUGCAGUGCUCAGGACGUGCUCCGGUUCUUCCGGGCCCAUAUCUAGCGUUUGUGUUCUCAAUGCUCUUCUUCUUAACCUCAGCCCUCCUGACGCGUUGUUGCAUGAAGAAAUGUGCCAUGAGGCGCGACAAUGGGAUGUUAAUCGAGAACCCUAGAAUGAGCGAGCGGCAGAUUGAUUGGAUGCGAUCCAAUGCAUUCUCCAUCUUGAAUGCCAUUCGCGACCCACUAUUCAUCAUCGACAAAGAAGGCUAUAUCAUCGACUCCAAUGAUGAUGCCUACGUUUUGACCAAGUACGGAACUGAAGACCUCAUAUUCGGCAUGCACAUAUCCAAGGUGUUUCCGGGGAUCCUGGCUAUCAAAGCCAAGGAGAUCAAGAAGGAGAAAGCUCAACAACCGAAGCUGUCCCAUCCUCCCGGGCCUUGGGCAAGCAGUUACGCCCUGGAAAAUGGGGCGCAUCACUCCGGAGGCGCAUCAACACCUGAAAUGCAGCAACACGGGGUCCCGCCCCAUAAUCAUAGCGCGGAUAGCGUGGUGGUUGAGAUUGACAAAACGUAUCUGGAAAUUCCGGGUAUAACGCAGGGGGAGCGUGAACGUCCGGCUGCUGUCGACAAAUCAACCGCGGAGCUGAUGCCGCCUGGAGUCGCCGAAGCCAUUCUGCGAACAAAAGAUGGAAGGGAACUCUACGUCGAGGCGAACUUCUCGCCCAUCAUCGAUUGCCAGGACGGACGAGAGAAGAUCCAAAUCAUUAUGUUCCGUGAUAUCACCUCGUGGAGAAACCAAGUACGAGAUGCAGUGGAAGCUAAGGAAGCUGCAGAGCUAGCACGGAACGAAAACACGGACUACUUGUCGUUUGCCACCCAUGAGUUGAGAAAUCCUUUGCACGUCAUCGUCGGCCUUAAUGGCAUUCUGAUGCAGUCGCUGUCGCAGACACUCAAGGGGCUAGACCUUGAUUCAAGUGGUUCCAAGGAUAGCAGCUCCAGAGAUCUCACCAGAAGUUUAUCGGUUGCUUCACCUCAAGCACUGUCACCUCAGGCGUUGUCCCCCGCGCUUCCCCCGACUUCGCCCGGCAUUACUAGGCCCUUGUCACCUGGACUGAUCGGCCAGCCUGGUGGUAUUUCUUCGCAUAGUGCCAACACAUCGCACAGCGAGGCCUUAGACCAUCUAGCAUCUAUAUCGGACGCUACUCGCGUGAUGCGAUCUAUCCUGAACGAUACUCGCAUGUUGUCGAAGGUCGAAUCCGGAACAAUAGAGUUCCAGAAAACCGCGUUCGACCUGAAAGACUUGCUUCAGCGAAUCUACAAGUCGCAGAUGGUCUAUUGUGAGACAUACAAAGCACAAAAAUUCGCUUUGGAUGCAGAAAAUUCUGCAACGGAAACAGUCAAGAACGUCUCGAUACAAUUGGAGCUGAAAGGCCUCGAGGAAGAGGCGCGAAUCGGGUCAUCGGAGAACAUUGCCGGGCUUAGCUCCACUGACAACGCAACAGACACUACCUCGUUGAAGGGCUGGUUCCCUACCAACAUCAAGGCAGAUCCAGCGCGCCUGGCCCAGGUUUUGACUAGCCUCAUCAACAACGCUUUCGAACACACCGAAAAGGGGUCCGUCACUCUCCGUGUUAUUGUCGAAAAUGUCCGGCAGGUAGGUGAAGGACCUCGCAGUCCGGCCUCCGUUUCCAGGAAGUCGCGGAGUAGGUUGGAUAUGAAUCGACCGCGCGCUCAAGUCCUGGUGCGUUUCGAAGUCGAAGACACUGGGCGUGGAAUGCCUCGUAGCGAGAUGCCUAAGCUUUUCAAGUCGUAUGCUCAUGGCUCCGUCGAUCGCACAUUGGGUUCGCGAAGCAUUUCCCUCAAUGUGGCCUAUGCAAUGCUUGCGCUCAUGGGGGCUGAGCUUCAGGCCUUCUCAACGGUCGGACAAGGGACAACGAUCUGGUUCUCACUGUGGUUCGACGUUGCCGAACAGUCCUUACCCAGGACUGGUUCUUACGAGGAUAUGGAGGAUCCAGACUCAGCCCUGAAGCCGAUUGGUGUCGUCAACCCGAAUAUGGGCAUCCGCGAGGCGCGGAGGGAGAUAUCCAUACCACAAGAAAAGGAAAAGCUCGCAGUCGAUGACUUCGAUGGUGCUGAGACCUUGCCGGGUCCGGUCCUUCGCACGACAGAACCUCCGAGCAUUGGAGUGACCACAGGCCCUACCAACCAGUUCGAAAGCAUCACAGGUGGAUCAGCUCCCGGCAAUAAGGAAGCGAAACCCCAACCACGUAAAGGACUGGAACAAAGAGCCCAGACCUCGAUCCGGCGAAGCCGCAGCGGUGCAGAUGAACCAAGUUCGAAAGAAGUAUUGCUACGAUCGAACACGACAAUCGGAACUGCAGUGACCAAACAGCCGAGCGAAGAGCCUCAGGAACAGGAAAAGGGCAACGAUGCUCCGAAGGGAGAGUCAUCCAAACUGCCCGCUCGAAAGUCUACCUCCGCCUCGAAAACCGCAAAGAAGCCGAAGACUGCUGCCCGCCGCCUGGGGACUCAUCCUUCUAAGGACAGGGCUAUUCGUGUGCUUGUGGUGGAGGACAACGAAGUCUUGCUCAAGAUUGCUGGAACAACCCUCGCCCGUGCCGGAUUUGAGGUGCAGCAGGCUGUCAAUGGUGAACAAGCCAUAAACAAAGUCCUCGAGCUGGGCGACAAGUACUUUGAUGUGGUGCUGAUGGAUUUGCUUAUGCCUGUAAUGGACGGUUUCCAAGCUACAGAGGAGAUCCGUCGCCGUGGGUGGACCAUGCCUGUGAUUGCAUUGACAGCGAAGACUCUGGAAUCGGACCGAUUGAGAUGCUUCAAGAUCGGGUUCAACUACUUCAUGACCAAGCCGUUCCAGCUAGGUGACAUCGCGACUGUCAUUCGAUUUAUGGUUGGAGCGGAGGCAGAGCAACAAGCUCAAACCCCGGGUGAAGGCCCGGUGCAGCCCACUUAUGGUGGUCCAUGGUCGAAAUUCGCUUGAGGACAAAAGUAGGCAUGGCGCAGGCAUUUUGAGGGCGUUUUGAGGUGGGCUUUCAU